UUACCUAAAGGUAUAACCUAGGAAACGUGCCUGGAUAUGCUUUACUAAGAAUAAGCUUCUCUCUGCCCUAUGUAAUUGCAAGGGUCUCCACCAUUUCGGGGCUUGCCAAGGCCUAAGCCGUUACGCUACAGCAGUGUUAGCAGGUCGUUGAAGAGGGGCAGCUAAAAAAGCAAAGAUGCGGGAGGCCGCGGGGUACUUUUACAACAUAAGAAAUUUAAAUUUUACCAACUCUACCUCUACCCAGGAGCAUCUCAUUGAUUAUCCGCCAACUAAAAUAAAAUAAAAUGCCGUUAAUCAUAGUUACGGGCCUCCCCACGUCCGGCAAGACCACGCGCGCAAAGCAGCUGCACAGCUACCUCUCCGAGCGCAUAGCGAGCUCAUCCUCGCCCGCCGCCGCUAAAUACAGACUGCACCUGAUCUCGGACCAGACCCUGUCCAUAUCGCGCUCCGUCUACGAUCUGUCCGCGACCCCGGCGCACACGAGGUCCGCCAAUGCGUCCGAGAAGGACGCCCGCGCCGCCAUAUACGGCGCUACCAAGCGCGUGCUGAGCGAUCGCGACAUCGUCAUCUUGGACGGCCUGAACUACAUCAAGGGCUGGCGGUACCAGCUGUUCUGCGAGGCCAAAGCCGUGCGCACGCCGAGCUGCGUCCUGCAGAUCGGCUGCACGAAAGAGAAGGCUAAGGAGGUCAACGAAGAAAGAUUGCGGCGGCGGCGCAGCAGCGAAAAUGCCGGCGAUGCUGUGAAAGAGGGAGAAGAGAAGAAUCCAGACGAGCAACAAGAAGAAGAGGAGGAGGAGAAGGAUGAAGAACAGGGCCCUUACGAGCCGGAAAAUUGGGAGAAUCUUGUGUUUCGUUACGAAGAACCGAAUCCCAUGACGAGAUGGGAUAGUCCCUUAUUCACGCUGAUCUGGGAAGACGGCGAGGAGCAGACGAAGCAGGUCUUCGAUAGCUUGUGGGACGCGAUUGCGGGCGAAGCGCGGAAGCUGGUACGGCCCAACCAGGCCACCGUGCAGCGGACCCGAGAUACGGGCGGAGACUACUUGUACGUGCUCGACCGGGAGACGCAGGAGAUUGUCAAGAGGAUACUAGACCAGCAAAGCGACGAAGGCGGAGACGACAUAAAGAUCCCGAGAAGUAGCGGCAACGCUGGUGAGGAGGAGUUGGUCGUGGAACUGCCUGCCGGGAAGAAGGUAGGCUUACCGCAGCUUCAGCGGUUGCGAAGGGCUUAUAUGGGCUUGCAUAGAGGAGGAAUUGGCCUCGAAGGAGUUGGGAAUAUGGGACCGGAGAGGAUACGAGAGACUUUUGUGGGAUAUCUCAAUGACGCUUUUGAAAAAGAUGGUUGAUACUUAGAUAUCUCCAGAUCUUCUUCUGGUACUUAGGUACCUAUUUCCCCUUAACUAUCUAACCUCUGAUGCAUAUUGAUACCCCGGUUUUGUUUGCUAUCUUAGCCUAGCUAUUCUAAUCUAGAAGAACGUUUAAAUUACAU